CAUCUUUUAGUAAUCCCGUCGAUCAAUUCGUUUUUGUGAUGGUUUUGACUUAUGUCAACGGGUUAGAUCACAAUUUCCAUUCACUUAGUAAUGGUUUGUAGUCAUUUGAUCAUUGAUUGAACCAUUUAGAGGAACCAAUUUAUUCUUGGACCUCCCUAUGAAAAUACUCAUACAACAUGGGUUAUUCUCGUUAUCUCCAUCCCCUAUAUGUAGCAUCAAAAUUGAAGGUUGGAAAAGGAGAAUGCAGCAUCUUCACAUAAAUCCUCCAUCCAUCUGAGAAUAGAUUUUGUUGUUUUUCUUGACAAGAAGUGAGGAGUGAGGGCAGAAUUUUGCGCGCCACAAAACUUAUAAUAUAAAGGAUAAUUCCCCGAAAAUCCAAUCCCACAAAAAUUUUGGCCAAAAGACACAAUUUUUUUUUUCAUUUUCUUGCAAAUCCAUUAUAUUUAUCCACAGAGUCCUUGUUUAAUUUUCUUUUGGCUUAAAACCCAGUGGGCUCAUUCCUAAUAAGUGAAACACUUGAGAAACGAAACAGCGCAAAAUCUCUCUUAAUUCAAACAUUCAGUCAGCCAUGGAAGCAAGGCAGCGUAUUGCAAGACUGACCGCUCAUCUCAAUCCACCAAAUCCUCAGAUGGAGGGGAAUCCCAUGUUGGAGCAAAUCAAUUGCAGAGCAAAAGGAGGUUCCCCUGGAUUCAAAGUGGCAAUAUUAGGAGCUGCUGGAGGAAUUGGACAACCUUUGGCUAUGUUGAUGAAGAUGAACCCAUUAGUCUCUGUUCUUCAUCUGUAUGAUGUUGUUAAUGCCCCUGGAGUUACUGCUGAUAUCAGCCACAUGGACACCGGUGCUGUGGUUAGGGGUUUUCUGGGAGCUCCGCAACUUGAGGCUGCGCUUACUGGAAUGGAGCUUGUGAUUAUCCCUGCUGGUGUUCCCAGGAAGCCUGGAAUGACUAGAGAUGAUCUCUUCAAAAUCAAUGCUGGAAUUGUAAAAACCUUGUGUGAAGGAGUUGCUAAGUGCUGUCCUAAUGCAAUUGUGAACUUGAUCAGCAAUCCGGUAAACUCCACCGUCCCAAUUGCUGCAGAAGUUUUCAAGAAAGCCGGCACUUAUGAUCCAAAGAAGCUUUUGGGAGUGACCAUGCUUGAUGUUGUCAGAGCCAACACAUUUGUUGCAGAAGUUCUGGGGCUUGAUCCCAGGGAUGUUGAUGUUCCUGUUGUAGGAGGUCAUGCUGGAGUGACUAUUUUGCCUCUUCUCUCACAGGUUAAACCUCCGUGCUCCUUUACGCCUGAGGAAACUGAGUACCUGACAAAACGCAUCCAAGAUGGUGGAACAGAAGUCGUCCAGGCAAAGGCUGGGGCUGGCUCUGCCACUCUAUCGAUGGCAUAUGCAGCAGUGAAAUUUGCAGAUGCAUGCUUGCGAGGCCUUAGAGGAGAUGCUGGCGUUGUGGAAUGCGCUUUCGUAGCUUCCCAGGUCACAGAACUUCCAUUUUUCGCGACAAAAGUGAGACUUGGGCGUACUGGAGCUGAAGAAGUCUAUCAACUAGGACCCUUGAAUGAAUACGAAAGGGCUGGGCUGGAGGAAGCAAAGCAAGAGUUGGCUGUAAGCAUCGAAAAGGGAGUUUCCUUCAUAAAGAAAUGAAACGUUAGCUCUAUUUGUACAAAUUGAUUGUAAGCCAUUUGUACUCUAGUCCAGGGCAAACUGUUGUGAACCUAAGUUUCCCCUUGGUUUAAUGUUUGCCAUGAGGUUAAAGGCACACUUCUGCAAGAUUAUAGCUCAACCAAAAAUAAUAUUCUCCAUUCAGAAAACAAUAUUACAUAUGUGCUCUGCAGCAAAUGCUACCGACAGAUCAGAGAAGGCACUUCAUGUUACCGAUGAAGAAUCUAGUUUUUUGAGUAUGCUAGUAACGGAACUGUCCAAUCCUCGCGGUUCCAUAGUACUUCAUCGUCUUCACAAGCAGGAUAUUUAAAACUCGGGAAGCUGGAGAAAGUCAAGCACUUCAUCGACAACCAAAAAGUCUAAAUCAAAAAGUCUAAAUCAAGCACUUCAUCAACAAUCGGUUAAUGAUUUGAUAAUAUAUGACUGUCAUGACUAUAUUUAUACAAAGUUUCAACUAUCAAACCCUUGUGUUUUUUUACUAUAGGUUUGCGUAUAAGGUAAAGCUCCUUAUUUACUGCUACAAUAAAGCUGUCAAUUGGGCAGAAUAGCAGAAUAGAAGGGGAGAAAAAAUUUCUUCUCUGCGUAUGCUCAAUAGCACUAAACAAUUUCACAAGGAAAAAGGAUCUUGUGGAGGGUGGACAACAGGGAUCUUCGACAUUGUCGCAUUGCCCGUGAGCAAGUUUGGAGCCACGGCAUCCUCAACCACAACUGGAUUAACUUGUAACACUCUCUCUGGAACAACCUUGUCUCCAUCAACCUUAGCCAACACUUCAAAGUGCAUUCUUACAGCCUCAGGUUUCGUCCUCCAAGCAGGAAUGCCUUCCCAGGCAACCUCAUCUCCUGCUUUCAACUUCUUCUCUACACCAAAACCUAUCUUGACAAAAGUCUGAGCAGAUAUAUCUGCCUUCAAUAACUUAAAAGAACCCUUCUUACUCGCUUUUGAACCCAGCACAGAAGACAGUAGGGACUCAAAACCAAGAAGGUUAGCGUUUGAUCCAUUGAUGGAUGGCACAGGCCAAAGUGUAGUGAACUGGUUAGGAGAGAGAAGAGCUGUUGAUUCCCCUUCAAAAUCGAAGGUUGAGAGGGCAUCAAAGGCUUUUACUUUUGAUGCUGAAGAUAGUUCCACAAGCCCAGGUGCAAGCCGCUUAAGUUUGAGCCUGUUGGUUGAAGUUGCAGAUGAAGUUGGGGAUGUAAGAGAGGUUGCACCAACAAUACGAAGGGAUAGAAGGGGGCUCUCUUGGCCACGAGCUGCAAGACGAAGACGCUCAGCCAGGGUCAAAAGACCCGACGCAAAUCCAUUACUUGUCCUGUUAAAUGGAAGCGGCAGCUCAACUGGGUGACGUAGGCUUACAGAUCUGGCACCCUUCACAGUUACAACAGCCCCAUCAGCCAAUAUGACUUUCUUCAGAACACCGGCAUCCACAUCAUGCUGCAUAACGUAACAUUUAACAGAAUAAGAGACACAAAUUGAUAAACAAGAAAUAAUUGGGACAAGGAAAUAAAUACUACAUUCCCUAAUAGCCACUCCGCGAAACUCAUCUCUUAGCAAUGUCAAUACAUUGAGCCACGUCAGAAGGAGAGUGUAUACAAAACGGGCCGACAGAUUUCUUUAACUAGAGUACACAAUGACGGCAAACCGAAAGGGUAUCAAUGCUAAUAUUUCAAGGAAAUCAAAGUUGUGCAUUAACUUCAUAGACACUCAAAUCAACUAUUUCACUAGACAAAAAGGAACAAAAUCCAGAAUAAGCUCCGAACAGGAGAACAUACAAGAAAAAAGAGCCAUAAAGAUUAUGAAAGGGGAAGCAGCUUCAACUUACAGGUAGAGAAAUUCGCAUGUUCUUGGCAUCCUGAAUCCAGAGUUCCAUUGGGCCAGCUAACUGAAAGGGAGCCAAGACUGGCAUCUGUUUAUCCAUCUGCUCUUUCUCCACCAACCCAUUUUCCUCUAACCCUCCCAUAGAGUUGUCUGGUCGAAAAAUGGGCAAAUCAACAUAUUCCCAUUUAUUAACAUCCUCCAAAAGCUUAAAGGGAAGAACUUUAUUGUCAAUCUCAACAUCAAAUUCAUACGCCACCGAUCUUCCCACUAGGGCGUCUCUUAAAUCAAACCCAGUUAUUUUAAAAUCAUCCGCUUGAAACCCUAAUCCCUUAACAAUCGCAUCCCUCAAAUCCUAAUCAAGAAAAAUUACCAUAAAUUUCGACUCAAAUUCAUCUUCAACAUUUAUAUUUUCCUUAAUCAAAGAGAGAUAUCAAAGUAAACGGCGAAAAAACAAACGGAUGAGAUAAUUUAUACACAUAAUACAUACAGAUAUAGCUUUUGGAUAGGGAGGAUGAAUAUCCUGGCUGGCGACCAAAGCUGUACAGAAUGUGAAUUGAAUUGCAAUCAAAACCGACCAAAAUCCGAAUAUGACAGCUGAACGCGCACCCAAACCCGAAGCCAUUUAAUUGGGGUUUUUAUCUUAAACUCGGCCAAAAGAAUGUUGAGAUUUCCGUAAAUUAAAAUUGUUGAGAGAAUCUGAUCCCUCUGUAACUGCAAAAUAGGGAGGAAAAAUACUCAAAUUAUCAGGUACGAGGUAAAGGGGUGAAGAAAUUUGUUUUGAGGAAAGAAAAUGAGUUCAGAAUUAGAAGUUCUGGAUAUGUGUAGGCGGUUGGAGAAGAUGAUGACGUGGAUACCUUAGCCAAUGGGAUUCGAGAGAAUGAUGCGGCAGCUAGUUUCCCAUUGGUAAGAUGACGUGGUUAUGACUUAUGAGGACCGCCUUUCUCUUGUUUCCUUUCCCUUUUUCUUUGAAGUUUCUUUUCUCUUUUAUUUUGCCUUCCGUGUUUAUCGCAAUUGUAAAUGGUGGAAAAUCCUGUUUUUCCAAUGUCAAAAGGUUUAUUAUGACUACUGCUCCGUCUCUG